UGUAGAUUUGUUUCAUGCAACCAACAUUAUUGAGAAUGUUCAUAUAAAUAAAUACGGUAUGAGAAUAAAAAGAAUAAAAAAUUUAAUUUUUUAAACCAUAAGAAGCAGAACUUCGGUUUGCUACCAUAUGUCUUUGUAAGCAGAAUCUGAAAAUUCAAGUUCUACUAAAUAACCUGAAUUCAGCAAACGUUUUCCCAAACACCUAAAAGUUUUAAAUCAUGGCAGAAGAAGAAAACCAAGAAGUCUAUUUACAAGAGAAUGAAGUAGAAGAAGUUGUAAAUCAAGAUGAGAAUGAAAUGGAACAAGAUUUCGAGGAAAAUGAAGAAUUGGAUCAAGAUCAAGGUGCCGGUGAAAUACAAUCAGUGAUGGAUCUUUCUGUUCAAGGGUUUUUCGAGCAUAAAGAUUCAGUAUUUUGUGUUUCUAUGAAUCCCGUGAAAAGCAACCUUUGUGUUUCUGGUGGCGGUGAUGAUUUGGCCUAUAUUUGGGACAUCACCACCGGCGAGCAGGUUUGCCAGCUUACUGGCCAUAAGGAUUCUGUUGUUUCUGUUGGUUGGAGUUUUGACGGCAAUUAUGUUGCUACUGGAGGUAUGGAUAAUCAAAUUCGAGUUUGGAAAACUGAGUCCGGUGUUGAGUUCAUCACCGCUACUGAAACAACUGAUGAAAUUGUAUGGUUAAAUUGGCAUCCUAAGGGCUUAUUCCUUGCUGCUGGAUGUAACGACGGUAGUGUCUGGAUGUUGAGUAUGCCUUCUGGUAAGGUUGUCCAAGUUUUCUAUGGUCAUACUGCACCAACAAACGCUGGCAAAUUUAUUCCUCCUGGCGUUGGUAAGCGCUUGGCUACAGUUGAUGACAUGGGUACUUUAAUCGUCUGGAAUCCAGCUACUGGUGACUCCGAAUGCCGAAUGACAGGUGAUGACCAUAGAUUUGAUCCGGGUAACGAAGAGACCUCCGCAGGAUGGACAAGCUUCGAUAGUAACAGUGAUGGUAAUGUUUUAUUCCUUGGUGGCUCUUCCGGUAAAGUGAAGGUUGUAAAUAUCAACAAUAACUACAUAUUGGCUUCCUUGGAAACACAACAUGAAAGUGUGGAGUCUAUUUCCCUAUGUCCCACUUUACCUAUAUGUGCUUGUGCUAGCGUUGAUGGAACAGUUGCUCUCUACGAUUCUUCAUCUUUGAAAUUUAGAAGAAGUCUGUAUCACGGCCAACCUGUUAUUGACUGCGCUUUCCUUCCAAACUCCCCUUAUUUGCUUACUGCCUGUGCAGACUGUAUCAUUCGUAAAUGGGAUGUCCGUUCUGGUCAACUCUUAGGUGAAUACACCGGACAUCAAGAACCGAUUCUGUGUAUGUCAGUUACCGCUGAUGGUAAACGGGUUAUUAGUGGCUCUGACGAUACAGAACUAUUGGUGUUUGACUGUGAAAAAUAAAAAGCUUACAUACAUGAGUUAUUUUGGUUGGAAUCUGGAUUUAGGUAGUUCAAUAACAUUAUUUUGGUUUAAAGAUAUUAGUAAUUUAAGGUCACACAAGUCUAUCAUUAGAUUUUAUACAUUAAUAUAAAACUCC